AUGGGGUUCCCAACAGCUCUCGAAUCUCGAUUCCGCUCGGCUGUCCCAGCUACACCACCCGAGGUGCUCACCCCAGAUUCGGCCUCCUUUCCGCUACGUCCAUCCGAGGAGAAGCCUUGGAACGCCCGUGCUCCUCCAUCACCUCCUAUGUCCAACUAUGAGCCGAGUGUCAAGGCCAGCGACGUGUCGCUCUCUGGCAAGGGGUCAGAGGAGAUUUCAAGCCAGAGGGAUCCCUCGCCCGAACAGAGUGCGCCACGACAACAGCUUCCGUCGUUGAGCAGCCUCUUUGGACCCGUGUCUCAACUGUCCCCUCUCCCUUCGCCAUACCCAGAACGCCCGGGACAUCAUUACUCGGCUUCCUCGCCCCUCGACCACCCACUCCGGCCGACUGUGGGUUCCUCUUCGUAUUUCCCCACGCCCGCAUCGCAGCCUCGGAGUCUGGCCGAGUCGAGGCCACAGGACCGCCCUCAAAUCCCUUCGCUUUCCCAUGUGUUUCCGGGACCGCUCUCGCCCGCACUCCGACAGGACCAACGGCACGAUGGGCGCUCGGAGUACAGCUCUAGCAGCCAGUGGUCCGUACAGCACGAAUCAAGCCGAGAGUACUCCCUUGGUAGCCGUGACCACCACCAUCAGUACUACCAACCCUCUCACGACCGGUACCAGCCUCACCAACCGACGGGCCGGGAUGAUAGCGGGAGGUUGGACUUCCGGGACCAAGCAACUCACCAAACUCCGGCCCACAACCCUCCCGCUGCACCGACAAGCAACGGCGGUUUGGAGACAUCGCCCGUGAAGGAUGGCCUAGGCCCCAAGAUCUGGACCGGGACGCAAUUUCUACCUCGUUUUGUCCGUGCAGCUGAAGUGCCUGGUGAGGGAAUGUGUUACUUUUACGACGACGGGAGUCACUGCAAGACGGUUAUCGACGGGGAAGCGGUCAACGCGCACUGGGGUGUCACAAAAGCUGGGAAGCCAAGGAAAAGGCUGGCCAUUGCGUGCAUGACGUGCCGCGAGAAGAAGAUCAAGUGCGAUCCCGAUUAUCCGCGGUGUGUGCAGUGCGAGAAGUUUGGCCGGGUCUGCAAAUUCAAGAAUGCCCCCCGGGGUGGUCACAACACAUCUCCCUCGACGCCUUCGGCUGAGCCCGAAGAUUUGCGUCGGCUCGGCGGCACCCUCUCACGGCCACCGCCAGUUGAGCCUCACCACCAACACCACCACCAUCACCACCACUCUCACUCUUCCCAUUACACCCGGCCAAGCAGCCAUUCGAGUGGUUCAGUCUCGCCCCGGACAACGCACCGACCGCCCAGCCCCGAUCCGACGAGCUCUGGCCCGCGCAAGCUUGCUCGGAUCGGCUAUGAGCACUACAGCCCAGCGGCUGGCCGACGGUCGCCGCUAGUGCAGACGCCCGAGUUUCCGCGGCCGGGCUCCGGGUAUUCGUGGCGACAGCCUGAGACGCUGCCUCGGAUUCAUGAUGAUGUGAUGCGUCGGACAUGGCAGAGUGAUGCACGAGACACCAGGGUAUAG